AUGCCCGACGAUGAAAUGGCCGCGAAACCCUCCUCGUCGGCAUCGACCUUUGAUCUCGUAGCGAAAUGCUCAGUAAGUCGAUCCUCUCAGCCCUCGAAGCACACGCAUACUAAUGCCAGACCGACUGACAGACCACUCGAGCACGAGCGGCCAAUCUGCGUCUUCCCCAUGGACCCGUCCAACUGCCCCUGUUCAUGCCCGUGGCCACGCAGGCUUCCCUGAAAGGGCUCACGCCGAAGCAGCUGGAAGAGACGAGCUGCAGACUCUGCCUGAACAACACAUACCAUCUGUGAGAAGGAAACGCGUGUAGGGGAAACAGACGCGUAGGGGGCUGAGACUUGAUAGGGGACUCAAACCGGGGCAGAAGACUCUGGAUACCAUCGGCGGAGCACACAAGUUGCAGUCAUGGCCGCACAAUAUCUUGACAGGUAGGGCAAGACGAAGUUGAGUCCAGGAGGUUCCCACUGACGCGGAACAGACAGCGGCGGGUACGUGCCCUUCAACACAGAUAUGUAUCUAGGAUGCUUUUGCUUAUGGGUCUGCAGCUUCCAAAUGGUCUCGCUCCUUAAGCUUGCUCAAGUCACUGAAGAGGGUGUCCGCUUUCUCAGCCCACACGAUGGGACGCCAAUGUGAGUACAACCACUUGUUCAUCUGCAGCUGUCCUGACAAUGUCUCCAGGCUACUAACUCCAGAGCACUCCAUAUCACUGCAAAACUCCAUUGGCUCGGACAUCAUCAUGCAGCUCGACGACGUCAUCGCCACGACGUCCCCAGACUACGAGCGGAUCAAAGAGGCAAUGCAUCGUUCAGUCCGCUGGCUAGACCGUUGCAUUGCUGCUCACAAGAAUCCCGAGACCCAGAACCUCUUCUGCAUCAUCCAGGGUGGCCUCGACCUCGAACUGCGCCGGGAAUGCUGUAAGGAGAUGGUCGCGCGUGACACUCCGGGCAUUGCGAUCGGUGGUCUCAGCGGAGGGGAAGCGAAAACCGAAUUCUGCAAAGUGGUGGGCACCUGCACCGCGCUCUUGCCAGAGCAGAAGCCACGCUAUGUCAUGGGCGUUGGCUUCCCGGAAGACAUGCUAGUUUCGGUGGCUCUGGGUGCCGAUAUGUUCGACUGCGUCUGGCCGACUCGCACCGCCCGCUUCGGGAACGCCAUCACCGACUCCGGAUGCUUCAAUCUUCGACAUGCGUCGUACGCCUACGAUCUUCGCCCAGUUGCUCAAGGCUGUCAAUGCGUAUGCUGCAGGCCUCACGCCGAAGGAGGUCUCGGGGUGACGCGAGCAUACAUCCAUCACACUGCGGCGAAAGAGACGGCGGGAGCCCAUCUCCUCAGCAUCCACAACGUCCACUACCUGCUAGACGUCAUGCGUCGCGCGAGAGAGGCCAUCAUCGAGGACCAAUAUCCCCGAUUCCUCAAGCAAUACUUCCACACGCUCUACGCCGGCGACAAGGAAAAGUUCCCCCGCUGGGCUGUGGAGGCUUUGAGGGGUGCUGGCGUGGACUUGCUGGGAGACUGA